GUUAAUAAAAAAAAAAAAAAUAAUAACAAUAAUAAUAAUAGCUCUGGAUCUUGCUCUCUUGCAUUCCCGCGUUAAAGAAAAUUUUUGUUGUGUAUUGAACUGAUAAAUUUGUAGUUUAUUAAUAAUAAAUAUAAAAAAAGAAAAAUCAUGGCAAAACUUGUUGAUUUGUGUGAAAAAUAUUUUGGUAGUCGUAAUUUUUAUGAAGUACUUAAAAUAUCAAAAACAUCAACUGACAAACAAGUAAAAAAAGCAUAUCAUAAAUUGUCAUUGCUUGUUCAUCCUGAUCGUGUUGAUGGUGAUGGAAAAGAUGAAGCAACUGAAAAAUUUAAAGUACUUGGUUUUAUCCAUUCAAUAUUGAGUGAUAAUGAUAAACGUAAAAUAUAUGAUGAAACUGGUCAAUAUGAUGAAGACAGUGAUGAGGUUACAAUGAGAAAUUGGGGUGAUUAUUGGAGAACAUUGUUCAAAGAAAUAACUGUUGAAGAUAUUAAUAAUUAUGAAAAAACCUAUAAAGGAUCUGAUACUGAAAUUAAAGAUUUAAAACGUGCAUAUAUGGAUAGUAAAGGUGACAUGGAUUAUAUACUUGAAGCAGUACCAUUUACAAAUUGUGAUGAGGAACCACGUCUUCAUGAAAUUAUACAAAAACUUGUUGAAGCUGGUGAGGUACCAGAGUAUGAAUCAUUUGUCAAGGAAGAUGAUAAAAAGAAAAAACGUAGAAAACGUAAAUGGGCAAAGGAAGCAGCUGAAGCUGAACGUCUUGAGCAUUCAAAGAAACUGGAUCAAGCACCAAAUGAUGAUCUUGCAUUGGCUAUAUUAAAUCGUAACAAGGCAAGAGCUGGUGAAGCUGAAAAUUUUUUUGAUUCUUUGAUUGAUAAGUAUGCUAAAAAAUCUACAAAAGAAAAAAAAACAACUAAAACACCAUCUAAAACACCAGCUAAAAAAGCUAGAAAACAAUAAUCAUUGAUUGAGCUGGACUCACGUCAACACUUUCAUCUGUAAUCAUCUUUUUUAUUUCUUGAAAACAAUAAUAAUCUUAAUUUACUUGUUUACAUUAGCUCAAUCAUCAUCAUAAACAUUAUUGUAAUUUUUUUGGA